GGGUUCGACGAAUAAGAUAAUAUAAACUGUGGAUCGAUACAUGCGCUACGCGCUGACACCAGAGUAACGGCGAGGCGGGCAAGUGGGUGUCCGUAUGUGUGGUCGCGCUCGCCGAAUUAGCCGGCGUUCGCAUCUUAGCUGUUGCUUGUUACGAUUUUAUCCGAGGUGAACUUUGCUGUUUGUUGAAGACGGCUGGCGGGAGCGCCCAAUUGGAGCGACUCGCCUCGCGGGUGACACUUGCUGGCCGGAAAGGGAAUUACGGGUACCAGCACGGUUAAGCACCAACCAAUCAGAGAAGGAGGAGUAUCUGGGACAAAGGUCACAGGAGAGGAAAGUGUUGGCCUGUGUUGUGCCCAGUUGUGACGGGGGCAGUACUGCGCCCCACUCGCGCAGCUGCCAAGAUUGCCGGUGCAGGAAGGAAGCGAGGGCCCGCGUGGGACCCUGGCGGCAGGCCUUUGAAGCAACUCUGCGUCUCCAUGCUGCUGCUGCCCUCUCCGCCCGGCUCGCCACGCGAGCCCGGACCCACGUGCCCACCAGCGUCGUCUGCCUGCCCUCCACAACCCAGCGGAAGUCGUGGCCACGGCGACGGCGACGGCGGUGGCAUAAUCACCAGGGCAAGGAGUGCCGAGUGCAAGAAAAAGCUUAAGGACAAGAGUAACCAUGCGUGCAAGGCUUCUGGAGACAAAUUCAUCACUGCAGAGGAGGUCCAAUGCAAGUGGAAUCAGCACGGAAGCUACCUCAACAUUCAGCUUGUAAGCAGCGGAGCCGUGAGGCUGAAGGACUUGAGCGUGAUCCUGUCCAAUAGAGGUUGUUCCGUUGCGUUUCCAGGAGGAUUCGUGUGGAGGUGUACGUUUUACGGGGAGAUCGAGGCUUCGUGCAGCAAGGUGCAGUGUCGGGAGCGAGAUCGACAGCUCAUCCUUAACUUGCAGAAGAAACGCGAACACGAGGAUUGGCCUACACUGUCCUCGAAGAACGAUGCAGGAGGUCCAAAGAGUUCGGCCGACCUGGCAUUUGACGCCUCCAGUGCACGGCAGUCCUGUCUCGAGGAUCCUGGCAACCUCUUAGUGGAACAGGCUGCUGCCCUCUGGAAGGAGGCAGGACAUGUGGAGAAAAACCAGAAGCCCUGGAGGACUGCAGACAGCCUCGCAGCCAAAUGGCCAAGCACCACUGAGCGGGACGAGCUGCCAGCCGACGAACAACCGAUUGCGGGGAAGGUGUUGACUGGACAGACGACAAUACAGGACAGAAACAAGAUGUGUCUCGUUAGAAACUACCAGCCUUUGCCUGUGCACAUCAAGGGAUCAUUGAAGGCGGAUAUUUCUAAAGAGCAUGUUGACGAAGUGGGCAAGCCCGGGGGCUGUGUGAGUGUUUGGAGCAUUAACAAGAACUGGUACAAGAAGAGCGCGGAGGUGAUGGUGGUGAACGUUUACCUGAAGCAGGUGCAGCGCGAUCGGUUUCGCGUCACGUUCUCGCCCUAUCACCUGACGGUGGUGUUUCAGACACGAGACGAGAGGUUUCUCAAGCAGCAUGAAAACGCCACACCCGAGAGCCGCUUCCAGUGGACACUGGAACUUUUGCACGUGAUUGAUCCUGAGCAGAGCUCCUAUACACUCCGGACUAGUUACCUAGAGAUCAGCUUACGGAAGAAGGAUGGACAGCGCUGGAAGCCAACAGAUGAGCCCUUCUGCAAAACACCCGAAGAGUCACUGCCGCCGCGUAGCCCUACGGAGGCAAGGAAGGCGGCGCCUGCGGUGGGGGCGGCUGCUGGGCCCGUCCGUGGCUCCGCCACACACCACGUUCUCGCCGACCUCCCCGAGCAUUGUACCUCGCAGUCAUCGGAAUCCGCCACCGCGUGCACGGCUAAGCCCAUGUGCAAGGUUCCGCCCAUCAUGGCGAGCAGCGGGGGGGAGGGGGAGGAGGCGGAGCAGGUGUGUGUGCCGGGCUUCACGGGGCUCGUCAACCUGGGCAACACGUGCUUCAUGAACAGCGUGAUCCAGGCGCUGUCCAACACGCGCGAGCUGCGCGACUACCUGCACGACUCGGCAUUUAAGGCCGAUAUAAAUUACUCCAACGUCCUGGGAACGGGGGGACGGUUGGCUGUCAGCUUCGCAAUCAUUCUUCGAACCCUUUGGAAAGGGACCCACUAUGCAUUCUCUCCGUCCAAGCUCAAGGAGAUUGUGUCGAAUAAAGCCAGCCAGUUCUCUGGCUUCUCACAGCACGACGCCCAGGAGUUUCUGGCCUUCCUGCUGGACGGUCUGCACGAGGACCUGAACCUGGCGGCAAACACGCCGACUCCCCAGCAGUACCCAGAGCCGCACGGCAGCCUCUCCGACCAGCACAUGGCGGAACGAGCAUGGGCCAGGCACAAGGCAUGGAAUGACUCCUUUAUUGUACACCUCUUCCAUGGCCUCUACAAGUCCAAGCUUGUUUGCCCAGUGUGUGGUCAUGUGUCCAUCACGUUUGACCCGUUCUUGUACUUGCCGGUGCCACUGCCCCAGAGGCAACGGGUGCUGCCCGUUUACUUCCUGCCCCGUGAGCCCUACCGCCGCCCUGUCAAGCUGUCGGUCAGAGUGAGGCAGGUGAAUGCACAUGGAACGGAUGUCAUAAAAUUCGUGGCUGAAAGGAUGAAGGUGCACCCAGACAACCUAAAGCUGGUUCAGGUGAACAAAGCACGCUUUGAGCGGUUCGUGCAGGCGACUACCUCCUUGGAGCAAGUUGGGUCGUCUGACAUGGUCUUCUGUUGUGAGGUGCUCAGCCGAGAGCUGGCUGGCGAGAGGGUGCGAGUGCUGCCCGUCAAGCAGAGACGGAAGAUCCCGGACAAGCCCGUGACGCAUUGCGCCAAUUGCCAGAAGACGAGCCCUCUCCACCUCAGGCUGCGUCGCUGCAUGAAUUGCUACCGCGUGGGAUAUUGUAACUUGAAUUGCCAGAGAAACCACUGGGUGGAACACAAGAGUCAAUGCCAGCCCGAGGCAAUCGGCCUGCCAUUCCUCGUGAGCAUCCCUGAGUCUCGGCUUACUUUUCACCGACUUGCACAGAUCAUGGAGGCGUACGCAAGGUAUUCCGUGAACGUGUUCCAGCCUCCUGUUCAGCCCGGCACGGCCUUCCUCCAAGAUCCCGAGUACAGCUCGCCGUCCCCCACUUCGUCCGAGGUCUCCCUGCCGCCCCCAUCGCCAGCUUCCUGCUCCAGGCAGAGCAACGCGGAGCAACCCCGCCUGGAGACGCAACUGCCGUCCGAGAUCGACAAAGAAGGCCAGGGCCUCCAGGCCUCCAGGCCGCAAGCUACGACUCGGGGCGAGCAGCGGGAGUCCGGGUGGGAAAAUGCGGAAUGGGCGGAGGAGCUGGAUUCUCCGCUCUUCAAGCCAAUCUUGAGGCAGAGUGACUAUCCGCAGGCAGACGAGCUCAAGACACUGAGAGGUGAAGAUGGCGUCGAAUUGAAGCGAGACAUUGGCGGCGGCUGCCACGUAUUGGGCCACAGGAGGAUGCAGGAGCGGGUGGCAGCAGCGGCGUCGCUUGUGGAAGCACGGGUUGAGAGCUCGUCCCCCCAUGCCAGGGUAGAGGAAAAGGAUGGGUCUGGGACCAAGAAGCCAUUGAGGCCUGAAGUUGUCCUCUGUGCCACAGCUGCAGUUCAUGGGCUGCAGCAGCAGGACAAAUCAUGGCAGGGCUGGACACCACAGUUUUCCAUCAAGGUCAUUGAAAAUAACGUGGAAAAAACCUUGAACCACCGAGGAGACUCCUUGUUGGACAUCCCUGAUGGCGCCCAGCUGGCCAUGGACUGGAACAACGAUAGCAAGCAGCAGGGCCACGUGAUGGUUCUGCCACGGGAGUUGGACUGCGACGAGGAGUUGCCCACAGAGGAGCACGCGAGUAGCAGGGACAUCAAAGACUCUGUCUCAAUGCCCACCUCCCUGCACCACUGUCUAAAGCUCUUCACCAAGCCCGAGACGCUCACGCCAGAGGAAGCCUGGUUGUGUCCCCAGUGCGAGCAACCCAGAGAGGCACUCAAGCAACUGAUGCUGUGGCGGUUGCCGCCCGUGCUCGUUGUGCAGCUCAAACGCUUCUCGUUCUGCAGCUCCGUGUGGCGAGAGAAAAUCUCCAACUUGGUCACCUUCCCUAUCCGGGGUCUUGACCUCAGCGAGUUCUGCGUGGAGGCGGCUUCUGGGGGUGCCGGCGGCGACGCCGGUGGGGCCGCGGUCUACGACCUCUACGCCGCCAUCAACCACUACGGGGGCCUCAUCGGUGGACACUACACGGCGUACGCACGGCUGCCCUGUGCCCGCAACAGCCAGUGCAGUGACAUGGGCUGGCGCUGGUUCGACGACAGCACGGUGACGAUGGUGAACGAGAGCCAGGUGAUGUCGCGUCACGCCUACCUUCUCUUCUACCGCCGCCGCGACUGCCCACUCGCCCCAUACCGCAGGCGGCCAGCUGAGGCGCCGUGGACGCCCGCUCCUGCGCGGCAGGACCCCGCUGAGGAAAUCAUCAUAUUGGAUGAGGAGGAGGAGGAGGAGAAGAAUGAUGAUUGGCCGGUGACAUUGAAUUCGCAGAAUACAAGGGCAAGCACAGCGCCGUGUUCCACGGAGACGUUCUCAUCGCGUUCAACCACGAAGAACAGUGCGGACUAGCUUCCCAAAAAGUGGCAGAGGCUUUCUCUCAUUCAUGUUGCACGACCACGCCGAGAAACAUCUUGGAGCCUCGAUGCAAUCACGCACGGCAGUCGCUCAACCCAGUUCACCGUUUGUGCCGAUUUCUCUGAACAUCACGCCGGGUGGGUGAGAAUUCCAUGGUUAAAAGUAUUUAUGCCACAUCGUUGCAAUAUGGGACCUCGUAAAAUAUUUUACCAAGGCUCGCCAGAGCUUCGUGUAAAAUGCAUUACCCUGCCUUUGAAUGAAUCAACUGACAAUUUGGUUUGCUAUGUAGACCACAGGGAAAACUAUGAACCCUGGCCAGCCUACAUGUCAGAGAGCUGAACCAAUCGGCAACACCAGCAGCAGCGGUUCUACGUAAUUGAGGUUGGGAGUGAGAGACUCAGUUUGGAUUCUGAAGAAGCUCCUGGCACGUGGAGGCAGUCAUCCGAAAUCACGCGUACAACAUGUGGUGCAGCUCGAAAGCACAAAAGAAAGUAUCUGUGCCGGUUAUUUUCUUAUUCUUGGGUCUUUCGGUAAAGUCACGUAGAUAGGUUCAAAGAAAAUAACAAAAAUAAGAAAAAAAACUACGACGUUUCGAUCGCAACACAAGCAAUCGUCAUCGGGAGAAUGAUCAGGAGA